GCCAUCUCAGCAAGGGAGUCCUCAUUCUUCAGUUUCACGUGAGGUACGCUACCAGACUGUCAACGGGGAGAGUAGGCUACGGUGCGACUUCAUGACACAAGGGAGUUACUAGUCACUUCAAACCACUAAUGCAAUGCAGCACUUGAGACACUGCCAAGGCCUUGUUCGAGUGAGCCUCACUGCAACACAAAGGACUUACCUCAGGAAGGCUGCGGCACCAGCUGUGACAGCAUGCGUGGGUUCUCUGUCUGUGCGCUGGCAGAGCAAUGGCCACCAUGGUGGUCAGUCUGGACAGGCUCACGCUGGCCUCAGCCCCAGGUGGAGACACUUGCUAGCGGGACUUGCAGCUGGAACUGGUGCUGUAUUGGCCUAUGCAGUCUACAAUAACCAAGCUGAGCGGGCAGCCUCAUCCAUAGAGCCAGUGACCCAAUCAUCCUUCCCCAUCUACUCUCAGGAAGAGGUCACCAAACACAAAACCCUGGAUGAGGGCGUAUGGGUCACGUACAAGGGUAAUGUCUAUGACAUCACCAGCUUCAUCGCGAUGCACCCAGGGGGUGAUAAGAUCCUGCUGGCAGCAGGUGGAGCUCUGGAACCCUUCUGGUCUCUGUAUGCCGUCCACGGCCAGGACCACGUACUGGAGAUCCUGUCCGAGUACAAGGUAGGAGAGCUGAGUCCAGAGGACCGAAAAAAGCAGCUGAAAUUGGCAGACUCAUCUGACCCGUAUUCCACAGACCCUGAGCGACACCCAGCACUGCGCAUCAACAGCCUGAAACCCUUCAACGCUGAGCCCCCGUCUGCACUUCUCUCUGACAGCUACAUUACCCCCAACGCCCUGUUCUUCAAGCGCAACCACCUCCCCGUCCCAAGGGUGGACCCAAAGACCUACAAGCUGGAGAUCGAAGGUCUUCCAGGGAGGCCGGUAUCCCUGACACUAACUGACCUUAAGACCCGCUACCCCAAACAUACAAUCACAGCCACUCUGCAGUGUGCAGGUAACCGCCGGUCAGAAAUGAACACAGUCAAGCAAGUGAAAGGACUCAACUGGGGCAUAGCGGCCAUAAGCAAUGCCACCUGGUCAGGUGCACGCUUAAGGGACGUCCUGCUGGACGCAGGCUACGGUCCAGAGGUGGCUGCGAAGGCACGACACGUGCAGUUCGAAGGGCUCGAUUGUGACGUGACCGGUACGUCUUACGGGGCUUCCAUACCACUAGUGAAAGCUGUGAGUGAAGUAGGGGAUGUGCUCCUGGCCUACGAGAUGAAUGGGGAAGACAUCCCACCUGAUCAUGGCUACCCUGUUCGCGUGGUGGUCCCGGGAACUGUUGGCGCACGCAAUGUCAAGUGGCUGGGCAAGAUUGUGAUCAGUGAGGAAGAAAGCAAGAGUCACUGGCAGCAGAAUGACUACAAGGGCUUCUCCCCUAGUACGGACUGGGACACGGUGGACUUUAAGUCAGCCCCUGCCAUCCAGGAGCUGCCCAUCCAGUCUGCCAUCACCCAGCCUGCAGAGGGAGCCACAGUGGACCGCAGCAUGGAAGAGGUGACCGUCAAAGGCUACGCCUGGAGCGGCGGCGGCAGGGAGGUCGUCAGGGUGGACGUCACAACAGACGGAGGAAAGACGUGGCACAUCGCCCAGCUCCAGAACAGCGAGAAGGGACAGGAGCCGGCGCCGUCUCCUCCACCAGGUCAGGCCUGGGCCUGGAAGCUGUGGGAGGUCACCGUCCCUCUGCCCGCUGAGACCCAGGAGCUGGAGAUCGUGUGCAAGGCCGUGGACAACAGUUACAACACCCAACCAGACACUGUGGCACCCAUUUGGAACUUGAGGGGGGUCCUCAGCAAUGCCUGGCAUCGAGUGAAAGUGAACAUUAAUGAGGACAAUGAGGAAGAAGAGUAAAGGUGAGGCAAGGAGAGAGAGAGAGAGAGAGAGAGAGAGAGAGAGAGAGAGAGAGAGAGAGAGAGAGAGAGAGAGAGAGAGAGAGAGAGAGAGAGAGAGAGAGAGAGAGAGAGAGAGAGAGAGAGACUAUCGGUAGAAGUACUCCGUCUGAUUAGGCAGGGGUGAUGAAGGCAAACCUGUCCACCAGGGGAGGAAGAUGCCCGUCACCUCAAUAAGGGCUUAUGCACAUGGGAGAGCGUUUGAUGAAGAUUUUUUUACGCACAAAUGACCAGUCUGCUCUUGUUCUUUGCAGAAAGAGUAACAAUGAUUCUUAGUGCUUCUUGCUGAACUGGCAUGCUGAACCAGUGAAAAAAACACAGAAUGUGUCAGCAUGGUGUCAGAUAUAAAAAAGAAAGGAUUGCAGCCUUUUUCAUAAAUGCCGAUGCUAAUGCUUUUGGAGCAGUAAGCCACAUGAAUCACUUUGAUGCUUAUGAAAACUUAUCAACGCUCAGUGUCAGUAUAUUUCAUGGAAAUAUGAAACUGUCCUAAUACCUCAGGUCUGUUUGCAGAAACAAUAACGCAUUUGAAUGCAAAUUAUUUCUUGUUGUCUCUGGAUUAGUUCUAGGACCAAAAGCACUUAAAUGUCUUUAAAGUAUACUUUUGUUCAUGAAAAAAUAUAGCAUUAUAGGCCUAGUCUUUGAAAUGAGUAGUACAAUAUAAUUAUUGGCCAAUUUGAUUGACAAAUGUAAUUUCUCAUAAAUUUACUCAUGUUAAAUUAUUGUUUUGCACUCUUUGUACAAAAGUGGACAUAUUCAGAGUUUGAAUUAUUUUUGUUUGAUAUUGUUGGAAAUUACCACUCCAACUCACAAUAAAGGGAGCUUUGCUUAGAAA